AUGCUGUUAUUCUAUCUAUUUGUUUUUGUUCUAUUACCAUCCUAUAUUGAUUGUGGUGUUUAUUGUACAAGAAAUCGUGUACCAAGAUUGUGGACUAAAGCUCAGCUAGCUGACGAUCAUGAUCAAUUAGAAUUUUAUAUUUUAUGUAAACAAGAACCAAACUCAAUAAAACAAUUGAAAGCAUUAUUUUGGAAUCGAACAGAUCCCACACAUCCCGAUUAUCAGCAAUGGUUCUCAAAAAGAGAGCUACAAAAAUUAGUUCAAUCCACCUCUCAGUGUUAUCAACAAAUACUUCAAUGGUUAUUAAAAUCUGUACCAUCCGAACAUAUAACAAAAUAUCCUGAUUGCUUUAAAAUUAAAACAUCCCUCAACAAUACUAGAGCGUUAUUUCAACAAAACACAGAAUUUUAUACAUAUACACAUACAACAAAUAAAAAUGUAUCAUUAAUCCGUUUAUAUGGUGAUUGUCAUAUUCCAGAUGAUACAAUAGAUUCUAUUGAUCUAAUAUUGGGUAUAUAUGAAUUUCCACUUGAUACUAAAAGGAAGAGCCGAAUAAACGGAAUUUUCAAUCUAAAUGGGACGGUACCAUUAUUGGUAAAUAAUACUUUAAUAAAAAAUUCUGUACCUUUUCCAGCUCUACCAACACCAUUUGAUUUAUUUACAACACAAUUUAUUCUCGAUUAUUACCAGAUACCAAAUGUCACAUGUCAAGGUUUACCUCGUAAUGUAUCUCAAGGAGCUAUUGAAUUCGCAGGUGAGUAUUAUACAGAAGAAGAUUUACAAAUUUAUUGUGCGUUGGCAGGUAUUCCAUAUAAACCAUUGGAGAAAAAACAUAUUAUUGGUACAAAUGAUCCAAAUGAUCCAGUUGUAACCGAUAUUACAGAAGCAGCACUAGAUAUUCAGAUACUGGCUAGUAUUAAUCCAAAAGCAGAUAACUGGUAUUUUGAUACUGAUCCAAAUGAUAAUACAUGGUUAUAUAUAUUUACAAUGAUAGCAAAUCAUUUAGAUCAGUUACCCCAAGUAAUGUCAAUAUCAUGGGGCUCAGAUGAAGGUUUUGAUUGUGUUGGAGACGAAGAUUGUGAUACAUUUGAUACAUCACCGAAUAGAGAAACAAUAUUUAUUGAACGCGUUAACAUUGAAUUUAUGAAAUUAGGUUUAAGAGGCAUAUCAAUUAUUGUUUCAUCAGGUGAUGAUGGUGCUAAUGGUGAUAUAUUAGGUAAUACUUGUGCAGCUGCAAAAUUCUAUGCUGAUUAUCCAGCAUCAUCACCCUAUGUAACAGCAGUAGGAGCUACGGCUUUAAAAGAUCAAAAAUAUGAUCAAUUAAAAAAUACACCACCCAUAUGUUCAUUAAACACAGCAUUCUUCCAUUGUGUUAGUGAUGGUAAGGAAGUAGCUGUAUCCAUUAGCCAUGAUGGUUUUACAAGUGGUGGUGGUUUCUCAGAUUAUCAACAGCGGCCUAAAUAUCAAGAAAAAGUUGUUCAAGAAUAUUUAAAAGAACAAAAAUGUCAAUUACCACCAUCGACUAUGUUUAAUCAACAUGGUCGUGCUUAUCCUGAUUUAUCAGCACUUGGUGAUUAUACUUUUACUGUAGCCGGUAAUCUAAUAUUUUCUGUGGGUGGUACAAGUAUGUCAGCACCAUUAUUUGGUGCUAUUGUAUCAAUAUUAAAUUCCUAUUCAUUAGAAUGCACAGGUAAAACAUUAGGUUUUCUUAAUCCUCUAUUAUAUUUUAUGUAUGAACAAGAAUCAACAAAAAUAUUUAAAGACAUAACUGAAGGUGAUAAUAGAUGUACAGAGACAACAUGUACAGAACAAUGCAAAGGAUUUUUUGCAGCCAAAGGAUAUGAUCCUGUUACCGGAUUAGGUACCCCCAAAGUAGAAGAAAUGAUAAAAUUUAUACAAAACUUACAUAAAGAAAAAGGAAAAUUGGAAAAAGAAAAGUUGGAACAAGAAAAAUAUUUAACGGAAUUGAUUAAUAAAGUUAUUGAUCGACAAUCCAAUAAAAGAAGAAAAGUGCCAAAAUCUGAAACAUUUUUUAAAAAGGUUAAGUUUUCUUGA